ACUUGAUAUUUGUAAGCAUUUCAGUUGUCAGCAGUAAUGGCAUUAUCAUAACGAGCGACUUAAAACCUGAAGUUGUUCAGAGCGUCUUCUUCCUCGUGCCCUGAAGUAUUUCCUCGUUCAAUCACAAGCAGCACUUGCCUACCGGUCUCAAGGAAUAUGAAUUCAUCAGAGAGCGUGCAUUGUUUGUGCUGGGCUAGCGUGCUAGUGUAACGAAGCACCUGUUGGUGUAGCACUCUGUGCAGCUUCAGUGAGCGGUUUUGUCAAGGAUCAGUCCCAUUACUCACUCCAGCACUGUUCUGCCCUGUGCAGGGAGGUUGCAGAUUUAUUGAUUUUAAAAUCAGUGUAUGCCUUCCCAGGUCAUUGGAUGAACCUAGCCAUUUCCCUGUAUUGACAAACAAACAGGAUUUUAAAUAUCAGUCUGAAUGGAUGUUUAUUGUGAGGCCCUACAAUUAAGACAACAUUGUGUUAAUUAUGAAGAGAAUUUCGGCAGACUAAACGCAGGAUUACUGGAGAGAGACUACGUACACACUCCAAUGACCUUUUAGCCUGAGGAAAUGUUUAUGUCAGUGCACUCUGUUUCUUCCUUAGCAAUCGGGAGUAAUGUUUAGUAUCUCUAUUGGUAAAAUCCUGUGUAUUGGUGUUAUAUGCUGUGUGGUGUUGUGAGAUGUGUAGGAUGGGGGUAUGGAUAUUCUGUGUGUUGUGUGUGUGCUGUGAUUUGACAUGGAGCUUUCCUACACGACCCCCUAGUGAGCCAAGAAAGGAGGAAUUUCUCAUGCCUGAUUCACAUCACAAUCAACUCAUUGAAACCAUUGAAGCUGGUAAAAAUAAUACUCUUAACCUGAUUCAGGAAGUUGCUCAUUCAGAUUUGCACACAGAACCUAACCCUUCCAGUGAUUCGGUUUUAAAGGUAAUUGAAUAUUCAAAAACAAAACCAAACAAAUUUCAGACAGAUUCUAUAAAAGGAAGUGAAUGGAAAAAAGCUGGUUUGAUUUUUGAAUAUAGUGCAAAAAAAUCUGGCAAACCCGAGUCUCUUUCGUUAUCCCGGAGAGAAGCACUUCAGCAAGCGGAUGUUGCCGAGGGAGAUGCUUCGUGGUCUACCAUGGUGUUGACUAUAGCUAGCACCUUAGUAGCACUGUUCAGUAUGUCAGUCCUUGUAGCAGUUUUCCAGUGUUGUUGUCGCCGGAGGAAACGGAAUUCUUCUCCAGAAAUCGACAACAACGAAGAGAAACAACCAGCAGACGAUCAAAACAAGAACAACGAAAAACCCGGCAAGGAGGAAGCCAUCAAACAAAACAACGUGGAGAAAAAAACAGGGGAAGAUUCGAAGGAAAAUACAGAUGAAAAAUUAUCAUUCAAAGAUAAAUUAAAAGCCUUUGAGAAGAAGGAUGAAUCUAAAGAGGCCCAACACCGACCUGGCCCCACCCCAAAGAAACGACCCCAGAGUGAGGCAUUCAAGGCCUUUGAAGCCAAGGGCCUUCCUAUCAUGGGGAUGCCAAAGGGUCAAGGACCCCGAUUUCCAAAACCGAAGGAGCCUCAGAAUGAAAAGGAGGAGGCUGAGGUGACACUGAGGCCCAAGAUAACGGUCACUCUGUCCCCCGACGCUGUCUCUGACUCAGGAAGCUACAAACAGCCGGACAACCCUGAUGUUGUGAUUGCUGAUGAAGAUGAGGAUGACUCCGAGUUUGGAGCCAUCAAAAGAGAAACUGCAGUUCUGAGAUCAUAUCGGAAAGCCCCUCCACCCAAAAACAGAAACCGCUCUUCUGCAGCGUUCAGGCGGAAAAAUGCCCAGCAGUCCACAGCAAAUCUUUUUGACGACUUGGACAUAAUCAGUGAGGAUACAGAAUCAGAGCCCCUUCUAACUCCGGAUGACAAAAGACACCAAAAGAAGGAGGAUGCUGUGAACAGUUCAGACAAGACAGAUCAAGAGCCAGAUCAAAGUAAAAAAAAGAUUCUAGUGCCCAAAGAACGAUCUCGCUCAAAGACUCCUGAAAAACUAGACUCUAAAAAUUCCUCAGAAAAAAGUGCUCCAAAAACUGUCUCUGAAAAGCCAGGUUCCAAGACAUUUGAUAAAAAUGGUUCAAAGACCCCAAACGGUACAGGUUCAAAGACUCCAGACACACCAGGAUCCAAAACUCCAGAUAAAUCUGGAUCCAAAACUCCAGAUAAAGCAGGUUCCAAAACUCCAGAUAAGGCAGGUUCCAAAACUCCCAUCAAAGAACGUUCGAAAACACCAGACCGAUCUGGUAGUAAAACUCCUGAAGAAAAAUUGACCAUUGGGAAUAGCAGGGAUCCUGACUCCCAGCCUAGUGCUGCCUCUCCAUUGGGAGGGAAUAUAUUCGCCCAAAUAGACCCCACAGUGAAAAAGUCCUCACCUGCUCCAUCCACUCCCUCCAGUCUAGAUACAAGGAGCCGUGCUGACAAGGUUAAAUCCUCCCCUGGGUUCCUUGAGGAUGAUAAACUAAUGAAAGCUCUGAAUGAAAGAUUAAAAGCACAGCAAGACGGAAAUGAUGACAAGCAGCACAACCGUCGCUCGCUUAAUACAGAUCUGUGAUAGACCCUGAUUGUCUGCCCUUGAAUGGUACCCCGCACCAUAUCACCACUGACAGAAUCUCUGAUAUAACACAAUAUAGACGUGUAUUUCUCUGCAUCAGCUACCUGUCCGUGUCACUUCCUCUGCUCUACUCACCAGGAAAAGUCUUCCAAAUUCAUUUACAGUGUUAUAAAAAAUCCUCAGUAACAUUUCGCAUCCUGAUUAUAUCCAUAUUAGUGAUGGAAAAAAGGUCUUCAUGUUGGCUUCAUGUUCGUUAAAAGAUGUGACUGCAGUGAAAGGAACUGAGUACUUGUAAAAUGUUUGAAUUGUGACAGAUGCUAGUUUGGGACUUUGAGUGUAUGCGGUGUGAACAACUUCACUUGGCUUCUGAUGACUAGGCAAUACAUGCUUUAAUCUGUAAACUGUGUGAAUGCUCGUGUAGAAUGAUGUAGAUUUUAAUAUAUGGCUCAAACAAUGUGCAAUAACACAGUAAUUAUUCACUGAAUGAUUAUGCAACAAUCACACACUUAUCUGAUUAUCACUGCUUAGCUUUUUAUGUUUUCAAUUUUUGAGCAAACAGAUGUUACUAAUAUUUUACUACAAUAAAUUGUUUUAAAAUGA